AUGAAGACUACGUGGAAGGAUAUCCCGCCGGUGCCGACGCAGCAGGAGUUCCUGGACAUUGUCCUGAGCAGGACCCAGCGCAAGCUUCCGACUCAGAUCCGCGCGGGCUUCAAAAUCAGCAGAAUCAGAGCAUUUUACACGAGAAAGGUCAAGUUCACACAAGAGACCUUUUCGGACAAGUUUGGCGCAAUCCUCGAGGGCUUUCCUCGCCUUCAGGACAUACAUCCUUUCCACAAGGAUCUGCUCAACACCCUCUACGAUGCCGACCAUUUCCGCAUUGCUCUCGGCCAGCUCUCGACGGCCAAGCAUCUCGUCGAAACAAUCUCACGUGACUAUGUCCGUCUGCUCAAGUACGGCCAGUCCCUCUUCCAAUGCAAGCAGCUCAAGAAGGCUGCCCUGGGCCGCAUGGCCACCUUGGUCAAGCGCUUGAAGGACCCGCUUCUCUACCUCGACCAGGUCCGCCAGCAUCUUGGCCGUCUGCCGUCCAUUGACCCCAACACCCGCACGCUGCUCAUCUGCGGAUACCCCAACGUGGGCAAGUCGAGCUUCUUGCGCAGCAUCACCCGGGCCGAUGUCGAUGUCCAGCCCUAUGCCUUCACCACCAAGAGUCUGUUUGUGGGUCACUUCGACUACAAGUACCUGCGCUUCCAGGCGAUCGAUACUCCCGGUAUCCUGGACCACCCGCUGGAGGAGAUGAACACGAUUGAGAUGCAAAGUAUCACUGCAAUCGCUCACUUGCGCUCUGCCAUACUUUACUUCAUGGACCUGUCUGAGCAGUGCGGCUACUCUGUCCAAGCCCAGAUCCAGCUCUUCAGGAGCAUCAAGCCCCUGUUUUCGAACAAGCUUGUCUUCCUCGUCAUCAACAAAAUCGAUGUCGCUCGGCCUGAAGAUCUCAGUGCCGACGUGCAGGCCGAACUACAAUCUCUGCUCAAGUCUGGCGAGGUCGAGAUGCUCCAGCUGUCCUGCAACACGCAAGAGGGCGUGCAAGACGUCAAGAAUGCGGCUUGCGAUCGCCUCAUUGCAGAUCGGGUCAAUCAGAAACUGAAAGCGGGCACCACAAACAACGGUGCUAUAGGCGGACGCCUGGCGGAUGUCAUGGCUCGCAUCCACGUGGCUCAGCCCAUGGGCGGGCAAACACUCGAGACAUUCAUUCCCGAGGCCGUCAAGAACAUGUCCAAGUACGACAAGAAUGACCCCGAGCGCCGGAAACUGGCACGGGAUGUCGAGGUUGAGCACGGCGGCGCGGGCGUUUACAAUGUCGACAUGCGCGCCGACUACCUCCUCGAAAACCCCGAAUGGAAGUACGACAAGAUCCCCGAGAUCUUUGACGGAAAGAACGUUUACGACUUUGUCGACCCCGACAUUGAGGCCAAGUUGCAGGAGUUGGAAGAGGAGGAGGAGAAGCUGGAGCAAGAGGGCUACUACGAUUCUGAUGAGGAAAUCGACGACGACGACGAGGCCGACGUUUUGCGAAAGGCCGAGCUGAUUCGCGAGAAGCAGCAGCUGAUUCGCAACGAGGCGCACAUGAAGAAGAGGUUGAAGAACCAGGCCAUCAUACCCCGCAAAGCAAUGAAGAAGCCGUUCUCAGAGCUUGAAGAUGCGCUCGAUCAGCUGGGCGUCGACACAACCAACUUGGCUGAGAGGGCCCAGCCAAAGGCCCGCACCCGCGGCCGCUCCAUGUCCAGGAGCCGUCUCGGCACCGAGGAUGCCGACACCAUGGAUGUGGACAAGACUGCUCGGGACCGCAUGCGCUCGCGGAGCAGAGCCCCGACCACCAACCGCAGGGAUGACGGUGUGCAGAACGACGGGUUGCGGACAAAGGCCGAACGGCUAGCCAAGUUGAACCAGAAGAAGAUGAACAGGAUGGCGAGGCAAGGAGAGGCAGACAGGCACACCACGGCCUCCAUCGCCAAGCACUUGUUUUCUGGCAAGCGCGGCAUGGGCAAGACGACGCGACGAUAA